AUGGAUUCAAAUGAAGAUCUUGAUUUCAAUGAUGAAUUUGAAGAAGUAGAUGAAAAAUAAAAUGAAGAUAGGAUAAGCUUUGGAUCUGAUGACGAAAAUAAUUAGUAGAAGUAAUCAGAUUCAGAAGAUAAUCUCUAUUUUGAUAAUAAAAUCAAAAAUAAUAAAAAAUAAAAAAAUAAAUUGGAAGACAGCUAUGAAGAUGAUAGAAUGAUUAAUGAAGAUGAAAAUUAAGAUAUCGAUUUUUUAAAUGCCAUUUGUAAUAAAGAUGAAGAAGGUUAAAAAAACAUGAGAGAAGACUUUUUAAGUUUGAUUAAAACUGCAGGAGAUGAUGAUACAAUUCAGAAAUUAAUGUAAGAAAGACAACAAUUAGGUAGAACUGAAGGAGGGAGAGAGAAUCCUCAUAUUAUUAAAGAAUAAAUGAUUCUUGAGAAAAUGCUUGCAAAACAAAAAAGAUAUGAUGAAAUUAUGUAUGAAAAAGAAAAGCUUGAAUUUCUAAAAAAAACUAGAAAGAUUCGCUAAAAUCCAGAAGAAUACAGGAAUUUUAUUAAGUGUUUUGUAUUAUGCGAAAUUUCUUCUACUUUCUACUUUCUAUAGUCUCAUUUGGAAGAUGAGUAUUUAAAAGCUAAGAUAAUAUCUUAAUUUUCUUUAAAAGAUUUAAAUUUUUUACUUUCCAUGAAAAACUAUCCUGAAAAAUACUCAACUAGAAGUAUUAUAAAAACUGUUAAUUAUCACAUAUAGCAAUACUUUACUUAUAAAUGGAAGAAAGAAUAAAUUGAAUUUCAUAAAAAUUUAGAUGAAGGAAUAGAGGUAGGCUACUCUUAAAUGACAUUAAUUGCCUUGAUCUUAUUUGAAUUUAUUGGUAUGAAAGUUAGAUUUUCCAAAAUUGUAGACAUGAGAUACCUCAACCUUGACAAAAAACACAAUUCAAGGAUCAAAGAAAGUAAAAGAAGUUCAAAUUAGUCUUAAGAAUCCACACAUAGCAAUUAAAAGCGUACUAGAGAAUCUAUAGUAAGUAGUGUUGUUUAAAAUAAGAGAGCUGCACGUUUUUCAGAUAUGGCUUCUAGAAUUACUGCUAAAAUAAUGAAUUAGACUUAAAUGAUAGAAGAUUAAAUAGAUAGUGAUUAAAGUGACAGUGAUGAUGAAGAUUAUUAAACAAAAAAAAAUGAUAAAAAAUAAUAAUAAAAAGAAAGCAAUGAUUUAUUUGACCAAAUGCUGUCAAAUUUUAAGUUUGAUAAAAAAAGCACUAACAAUUCAUCAAUGAUUAGUUUUAGUAAUUAAAAAAAAAAUUAACAAGAAGAAGAUUCAAUUGUUUCAACUGCCUCAUCUACCUUUUAGACUGAUCCUAAAAAAUUUGAUUUUAGAAAGUAUUUAAAUAAAGGAAAAAAGCAAGAUGAUGAUAAAAGCUCCUUAUUGAAAAUAGAUAACUAAACAUAAAAAUAAGAAGAAGAAGAAAUUAAAUUAGUUAAUAAAAAAUUAAGUAAUUUGAAGAAGUUAGAUAGUUUAUCUGAUGUAGAAAAAUGCGAAAGCGAAGUUGAAAAAGAAGAGGAAACUUUAAAUCCAUUUAAUUUUGCUUUUUCUAAAAAAAAAUUUAAAAAGACUUAACAGGACUUAAUAUAGACUUAGUAGACAAAUUAAACAGAAUAGGAUUCAAAGCUUUUGGAAAAUGACUAAAAUUAAUAACAAUAAAAGUUAUUAAAAAGUGAUUUCUAUCAAAGUUCUGAAAUAAAGUAUUGGCUUGAAGUUUAUGAUGAAAAGAGUUAGCAAUGGAUUUGUUUUGAUGCUGUUUAGAAUGAAAUUUUAGAAAGAUUCUAAAUUUUGUUAAAAUAAAAUAGUAUACCUGUUUUAUUCAUAGUUGGAUAUAAUAAAUUAGAAUUUAAAAAUGAAAAAUUAAAAGAAUAUGUUCAUAACAAAAGAUCUAUGAAAAAUUUGUUUUUAUUUGAUAUUACUGAUAUACACUGUGAUAGGUAUCCGAAAAUUUAGGUAAGUAGAAGAGAGUUGAAUUUCGAUUAUUGGUGGAAAAAUCUUCUUUAACAUGUUUCAUUUCUUGGAAAUCCAGAAUUACUAUAAGACGAAUAUAAACCCUAAGUAAUUAGUGAAAGAGAAACAAAAAUAUAAAUGUAAAAAUCUUAAAUCCCUUAAUCAUAUCCUGAGUUUAAAGCAAGUGAAAUUUAUAUUACUAAGUCAAUGCUUUAAAAGUAUUAAGGUUUACAUCCAAAUGCAUAAAAGACAAAUCUUACAUUUAAAGACGAAGACGUAUAUUUUAAAGAAUAUGUCGUUGAUUUGCAUGCAAAAACUAGAUGGAGAUCCUACUAAAGAUCAGUUAAGCCUGAUGAGAAGCCUGUUAAAUAGGUUCAAUCGAUUUUAGGUAACAAAAAAAUGGUAGAUUUGUUUGGAUUCUGGUAAACUGAAGAGUUAGUAUACAAAAUCAGAGAUGAUGGAACUCUCCCAAGAAAUGAAUAUGGUAACUGGGAGACGUUUGCUGGUGAUCCACCUGAAGGAACAGUUUUGAUUGAAAUCUAAGGAUUACCUAAGUUGCUAAAAAAACAUAACAUAGAGUAUGUAGAAGCAGUUUGCGGAUUUGAAUCGACAGCAUCUGGUAGAUCUCAUGUGGUUAAAAAUGGUAUACUAGCCCACAAGAAAGAUGAAGAAAGAAUAAGAUAAAUUUAUUAAGAUAACUAUGAAAUUAUGAAAGCUCAGUAAGCAGAAAAUCUUAAAAAAGAGCUUAUGGGAUUUUGGAGAAAAAUAUUUAAAGGAGUUUUACUGAAAAAGAGUAUUUCAGAUAGAUAAAAUAAAAUAAGUAUGUGA